ACGAAAAGAAGUCAUCUAACCUAACCCUAGCCGGCCCCCCGGUAGGCCUAGCUUAAACUAACCUAACCUAUCAUUCAUUUCCUACAAGUAAAAAUGGAAAGCCUCAUAAUAAGGAGAUGUAAAUGUUUCAGUUGUUGAAAACUUUGGGGCACACCAUGUCUGAAAGUACAAUACUGUACUUUAGUUAGAAGUGGAAAGACCAGGGAUAGGUUAAGGGUCAUCGACCUCCUCCUCGCCGGAAUUUACAAGGCAAUUUACAGUGCGGGCACUUCACAGACAUAGGGAGAACACCAUGAUUUAGUAGGAAUUGGAUAGCUUGAUCGUCUUUGUCGUAAAACUGCAACAAACUUGAAAUAAUAUCAUAGGCAUGAUUUACAACCAACCUCCAUCACGGCCAUUGUCACACUGGCAAUUGAAAUUGAAAUCCGUACCCAGGCUGCUCCCUUUGAAAAAUUUUUAUUUGUGUUUGAUUGAAAAAAAAAAUCGGUGAUGAGAUCGAUACAGCAUUGGUCACGACUGCACAUGCGUAUGUAAACACACUCGUAAUUAACUCGGUUUCACACCGAUAACAUCUCCUCACAGAUACGAAGACUGAAAAAUACAUCAAGUGUUGCAGCUGUUUUGGCAAGAAAGCUCAAAUAUCAUGCAAAGAAGUCACUUGAGGUACACAGUAACUCCUUAAAGUACUAUGGAAUGAAGUCUCUCAAGUCCUUCACAGAAAAUCUCUCAGGUUUCACACAAAUCAAGGCAUCGCUCAUUUAAAGAGAGGGGGAAGAAUUUCAGAAGUCAUGGCCUGUAUAACUUAUGAAGACUUUACAGUGGCCUGCCUGGAAUUUGUCAAAAUGUCAGAAAAACUUGGAGAUAAUUGGAAAAUCAGAGGUAAUGUUCAAGAAGAAGGUGCAUUGUACCUUACAAAGACAGUGUUUAUUGAAAAUGGGUUUGGAGAUAAGGAAGAGACAUUAAAUAGAUUACCAUUCAUAACCGAGAAAUGUAAUACAGUUAUUGCAGAGGAUCAGGUUGAAGAAAGUACUAGUCUUUGUGAUGAACAACUAGAGAUGACAGAUCCUUCAGCUGUAGAAAUAUUAAAACCCAAAUUUUUUUUUACUUAUGAAUAUCAUAUUUUGUACAGCCUAAGUCACUCAGUUCCUACAUUAUAUUUUAAUGCCUGGCAUUCCUCAGGAAAGCUGUUAACAUUAGAGGAAAUCUGGAAGAGUGUUAAUUCUCAGUUUAAGGAACAAAUUAACCAAAAUAAAUGGGAGUCUUUAACACAGAAGGAACAUCCUUUGCUUGGCCAACCAUUUUUUCAGUUACAUCCUUGUUACACUGGAAAACUGAUGGAUCAGGUAAAGCUUGUUUCUCAUGAUUCCAGAUUUUUGUAUAAAUAUCUUGUAAGCUGGUUAAGUAUGUUUGGACCGGUCAUUGGACUAGAGCUUUUUUUGAAUUAUUUUUUAGACUAAUUGUAUGCUAGUAUUUUAAUGUUAAUACAGUACAAUACAGGUUGUACCUCUAGUCCGGCAUUCUGUGGUCCGGAAACUCCCAUGGUCCGGAACGACGAUUCUAGUUUGUCCAAUAGGUAGAUAG